AUGCCAGCAUAUCAUUCAACAUUCUUGGGUGAAGAAGAUAGAUUAGUAGGGAAUGUUCUGUUAUUACCAUUCAAUUCCCAAUUCCGUGGUCCAACAUAUCCUUCAACUAAUGAUUAUGAUAUUGUAGAGGAAGUACUUGAUUUAUUUAGAGCUAAUUCAUUCUUUAAGAACUUUGAAAUUAAAGGUCCUGCUGAUAGAUUGUUGAUUUAUGGAAUUUUAUUCAUUUCUGAAUGUUUAAGUAAAUUAACCAAAUCAACUAACUUUAAAGAAGCUACCAGAAUAUUGAAUAAUUUAUCUUUGGAUAACUUUUCAUUACCAGGGGAGAUUGGAUUUCCUUUAAGUUCGCUUUACUUACCACCAUCCAAUAAAAAUGAAGCUGAUUUAUUAAGAUCUUACUUAUCACAAUUUAGACAAGAAUUGAGUUCCAGAUUAUUGAAGAGAAUUUAUACUGAUGAUCUCCCAAGUAAGUAUUGGUUAUCAUUCACAAGAAGAAGAUUUAUGAAUAAAAGUUUAUAG